AUGGCGGAAACCCAACUCCUCUCGCAAGCCACCGGCUACGGCAUCAUCAUCGGGCUUUCCAUCCUCUUCUGCCUCAUCAUCCUCUUCGCCGUCCGGAUCCAGCAGAAAUACCUCGCGGAGGAUUCCGAGCAAUCGGAGAUGGUAAGUAAAGUAAAGUAAAGUAAAGUAAAGUAAAGUAAAUAAGGGGCUGCUAGCUUGCCCAUCAGAAUGUCACUCACUGGGCCAGCCAGCCGAUCGAUAACUGAUCUUUCUCGCUUCCAGUUCAUGGUCGCGAACCGCUCCGUCGGCACGGGACUCACCUGCUCGGCCGUCUUUUCGUCCUGGAUGUGGAUCAACGAGAGCGUCUUCUCGGCCGCGUAUACGUACAAAUGGGGCGUGGCGCUGCCCGUGUGGUGGGCGAGCGGGCUGUCGUUUCAGAUUGCCCUGAUGGCGGCGUUGGGCAUCGUGGCGAAGUUGCGGGUGCCGUAUGCGCAUACGAGCCUGGAGUUCAUGCGGCGGCGGUAUGGUGGGGUCGUGCAUGGGUUGUUUAUCGUGAUGAAUCUGGUGAAUAAUAGUGAGUGGUCCUUGAUGGUGUGUGGUGUGUCGAGGCUGCUUCUUCUGACGGGUGAUUGUAGUCUUCGGCUGUGGGAGUAUGAUUCUGGCGGGCUCGCAACUGGUCACGGGUAUGACGGGGAUGCAUGUUGUUGCUGCUUGUGUUUUGAUCCCGGCAGGAGGCGAGUACAUUCACGAUUCAGAAGGGUACUAUGGCUGAUGUCUGGCUGUAGUGGUGCUGUACACGGCGGUCGGAGGUCUCAAAGCUACGUUCCUGACGGACUUUCUGCAUACCACCAUCGCGCUGAUCUUGCUGAUAUACUUCGCGAUUGCUGUCUUGACAAACGAGCAUAUCGGUGGUCCGACAGGGCUGUACGAGAAAGUCAAAGCGACGAAUGACUACAUUGAUGGCAACUAUGCUGGGUCGCUGUUGACGUUCAAGUCCCAUAACGGUAGGCGUGGCUCUGUUGCAUAGGGUCAGCUUUCUCACACGCUGACUUCCUUGUAGCGGUUCUGUUCGGGCUGGUCUUGAAGCUUGGAAAUCUUGCCCUGGUUCUCAUGGACACUGCUUUCUGGCAGAAGUCGUUCGCCGCCGAAGUGGAUGCCACUGUGCCCGGGUGAGUCGACAUGCGCGGAUUACCGGAAGGGUAUUGAUGAUCCUCGCAGGUAUGACCUGGCCUCAGUCGUUAUCAUCGCGAUUCCUUGGUGUACUGGCACGGUCAUUGGACUUUCUGCGCGGGCCAUUGAGAAGACUCCAGUCUGGAUCACAUAUCCUGAGACUCUUACUUUGGCUCAGGUCAACUCCGGAAUGGUGAUGCCGUAUGUCCUGAAGUCUCUCCUCGGCACAGGAGCGACAGCCGGUCUUCUGGUCCUCAUCUUCAUGGCAAUCACGUCAACGGUCUCAAGCUCCAUGAUCGCGGUGAGCAGCAUAAUUUCCCUGGACUUCUUCAGGACCUACAUCAAUCCCCGUGCCAGCGAUAAGAAGACCCUUCAAGUCAGCCAUCUCGGCGUCGUGUUUCACGGCUGCUUCAUGGCCGGAUUUGCAAUCAUGCUCGAAUAUGCCGGUGCAACGAACAACUGGGCCACGUAUUUCAGGCCAAUCAUCGCCUGCCCUGGAAUUUUUCCGAUGAUGAUGGCUCUACUUUGGUCCCGACAGACAAAGCUGGCCGCGAUUUUGGCUCCAUUAUUGGGUCUUUGCUCUGGCCUGGCGGUCUGGCUGUCUCUAUCCUGGUAUUGGGGAGGAGCGAUUAACAUCACUACCACGCAGCUCCAGCUACCAGGCUUGUACGGCGCCGUGACCUCGUUCUUCUCGCCUGCGGUGUACUCUGUCAUUAUUUCGUUGGCAUGGCCGGGCCGCUUCGACUGGCGCGAGUUCCUUCGCAUCGAUCUGAUCGAAGACAAGAGCCCGGCGAGCAGCACUUUGGCGCUCAAUACUACAGUUGAGGAGAUUCAUCACGACAAGAAAGUACCACUGGAGACCGUAGGCCCCGAGAAUGCAACCAGUCCCGCCGUGACGAGGAAGAAUGCCCAAGCUGACCUGGAUGACAUUGUCCAUCCAUUCGAUGAGCAGACGAUUCGCAAGAUCAAGAAAUGGGGCAAGUUCGCCGCUGCUUAUCUCGUGGUCAAUGUUCUCGUGACAAUCGUCUUGUGGCCGAUGCCGCUCUAUCGUGACUGGAUCUUUACGAAGAGCUUCUUCAGUGGCUGGGUGACGAUGGCGAUGUUCUGGCAAUGGUUAGCGUUGAUUACGGUGGUGAUCUAUCCCGUGUAUGACGGCAGACACGCCAUUGCUAUGGCACUCAAAGGCAUGGCGAGGGGCAGAAUAUGGGAAAGGAAUGCAAUUCGAGGGUGUUGA